UUCUUCACCCUCUUCUUUCCUACCCUUCUCUUGUCUCCAUAACAGCCAUAUAUUGUCCGACGACAUACGCUCUUUGCUUAACUAUUUCCAACUCCUUUUAAUCCGUUCCAGGCAAAAAAUACAUCAGUCGACAUGUUUGCUCGUGCCUUCAUCCUCCUCACCGCCGUCGCUGGUGUCCUCGCCGACUUGACCGUGUCCUCCCCCGCCACUCUCAUCGAAUGCCAGCCGGCCCUUCUCUCUUGGUCCGGUGGUACCGCUCCUUAUUACCUUGCCAUUAUCCCCGGUGGUGAGGCCUCUGCCGCCUCCUUGAAGGAUUUCGGAGAGCAGUCUGGCACCUCUCUUACUUGGACUGUUGACAUUGCCUCUGGCAAUUCUGUGUCUCUUAAGGUUACAGACAGCACUGGUACCAUCAACUACAGUAGCCCUGUCACCAUCCAGGCUGGCUCUAGCAGCUCUUGUGUUUCUACUUCUACUGCCGCCACAGGUUCCACUGAGUCCACGGACUCCUCUUCUUCUGCCAGCACCGCCGAUGCCGCCGCGUCGUCCUCCUCUUCCGACUCUACUUCCGCUUCCAGCGCCGCCUCUGCUGCCGCUUCCACGACUUCUGCUUCUGCUAGCGCUUCUACCAGCGCCUCUUCUGACUCUGGCGCCAAGGGUUUCGCCUCCGUCUCCCUCAUUGCCACUGCUCUCUUUGCUGUGACCGCCGGUGCCAUUGCUCUCUGGUAAACAGCUGGAGAAAGUUCAGUUGUCCUUUCGCUUUCGACUCAAUAUUUAGCUUUAUGUUCUACUCAUAGAUCUCACUUUGUGACGGAUUUAGAUACGAAGAUUCAUCCUAACGCCUGAUAUGUCUAUAUACGACGUUCUUUCAUGCAUUCGUUCAGCCCGUUUUCUAU